GGGCAGCUGCAAUUGAGAGGUGUCAUGGCGGCCGCCGACGAAGGGGACGCGACCGGGGAAGCGGCGGUGGUGGAGCGCGGGCCGGGAGCGCUUUAUCACAUGUUUGUCAUGAUGGAGGAUCUGCUGGAGAAGUUGAAGCUACUCAACUGCGAGGAAGACGCCGCGUUGCGGAGCCAUAACAUGAGGCCGCCUUCCCGGCAUUAUUUUGCAUUGCCUAUUAACCCAGGCGAACAGUUCUACAUGUUUUGUACUCUUGCUGCUUGGCUAAUUAAUAAGGCAGGGCAUCCUUUUGAACAACCACAGGAAUAUGAUGAUCCAAAUGCAUCAAUAUCUAACAUACUAGCAGAGCUGCGGUCCUUUGGAAGAACUGUAGAUUUUCCUCCCUCAAAGUUAAAGUCCGGUUAUGGAGAACAAGCUUGCUACGUUCUUGAUUGUUUGGCAGAAGAAGCCUUGAAAUACACAUCUUUUAGCUGGAAAAGGCCUACAUAUCCAACUGAGGAGCUAGAAGAAGAAGCAAUAACAGAAGAUGAUGCUGAAUUAACGCUUAAUAAAAUAGAAGAAAUAAUUGCGGAAGAAGAGACAGACAAUGAGGAAAAUUAUAUUGAUCUCAAUGUUUUAAAGGCACAAACUUACAAAUCAGACAUGCUUGAGUCUAAACAGGAAGAGAUUUUAGAAUCUAAAGUAGAUGCAGCUGAGUGGAACCUUGAAGUGGAACGUGUUCUUCCUCAGUUGAAAGUCACAAUCAAAACAGAUAAUAAGGAUUGGAGAAUCCACGUGGAUCAAAUGCAUCAGCACCAAGAUGGAAUUGAAUCAGCUUUAAAAGAUACCCGUGGCUAUCUUGACAAGCUUCAUAAUGAAAUCAGCAGAACUCUGGAAAAGGUUAGCAGUAGAGAAAAGUAUAUUAACAAUCAGCUGGAGCAUUUGGUUCAAGAAUAUCGUUCUGCACAGGCACUUUUGAGUGAGGCUAAAGAGAAAUAUCAGCAAGGAAGUGGUGGUGUGACAGAGAGGACAAGAAUUCUGUCUGAGAUUACUGAAGAAUUAGAGAAAGUAAAACAAGAAAUGGAAGAAAAGGGAAGCAGUAUGACUGAUGGAGCUCCAUUAGUGAAGAUAAAACAGGCUUUAACCAAACUGAAGCAAGAAACCAUUCAGAUGGACAUACGAAUUGGCGUAGUGGAACACACAUUACUUCAAUCAAAGUUGAAAGAAAAAUCAAAUAUGACUAGAGACAUGCAUGCAACUAUAAUUCCAGAUUCUUCAAUUGUUGGUACUUACUAAUUUUUAAAAUAAAUGCUAUGCUAAUAAAAUUUUGUACAUAAUAUAUUUUUGCAUUUAUGUAUGUCAUGCUGCAAAUCUAUUGCUGUGUAUAUAAACAAAAAGAUUUAUGUUUUACAAUCAAGACCUACUGUGUGUGUGUUUUUGUAUGUAUGUGUGUCUGGACAUGUGGAGAGAAAAUACUUUAACAAGUAUAUAGUAUAUUAAAAGUUUUGGAUUGCAUUGCAUUGAAAUGAAAAACUAUUCAAAAGCAAAAUCCUACACAAAAAUAAAUUAUUGCAAAACAUCUAACUGUAAAAACCAGCAAGUUUGCCUUCCUUUUUCUAAGAUAAUGAGCCAUCACAACUUUAUGGACUAGAUCAGGUUCUGUCUCAUCCAGUUUGUACUUUGCUGUUUUUGAGCUAGGAAAUUACUAGAAAACUGAUUUUGCUCAAGAACUACCUAGUUUGGUUAAUUGCAUUAUAGUCUAUGUCUAUAUUCUGUAAUGGAUUCUAACCUAAUCAUAUACUAGAUUUUUAGAUCAGAGCUUGAUUGUUUUCUUGAGGAUAUUUAUUGCCAAACUUAAUAACAUCAGUGCUAGUAGGGUGUAGGUUUUGCAUUCUUUUUAUAUACUAGUGGCUUCUCAGUAUAGGUGGGAGUGGUCUUGAUGGUCACUUGGUGGCCCUAGUAUAUAUCUGUAGAUCUCGGUGCAAGCUCCAUCCCAAUAGACAGGUUAUUUUGUUUUGUGUUUUGUUUUGUUUUCUUUUGUUAGAAUUGCUAGUCCUAUGAGGGGAAAACCAUCUGGCCAGAUCAGGGGUAUCAAACUUGUAGCCUGUGCGCUGGGUGUGUCAUAUGCUGGCCAUACCCAUGCCGGUUUAGCAAUGGGGGGGAAGUUGCAAUAUGUCAUGUGACGACGAUGUUUUUGCAUGAGUUUGACACCCCUGGGCUAGAUGAUAUAGUAUAGGAGGUUUGCAAGAUGAAACAGAUGAGCAUGUGGAAUCCAGAGUUGUGUCUCAUAAGUGGAGAAUGAUUGUUGAUUGUUUUUUCUGCCAACUAGUAACUCAAAGAGAAAAGAAGUUGAAGAAUCGACCAAUUAGUGCCUUGAAGCUGUCCUUCAUUAAACCUGUAAGGACACAAUCUGUAAUCUCAGUAACUGAUGACCUUUAAAUCAGCUAUGGUGGCAGUAAAAAUGACAUCAACAUACUUUUUUGUUGACUCAAACUUGGGGGAAAUUUCUAUUUACACAACCAUAGGGAAGUACAUCUGGUAAUCAAGCAAUACUUAAAAUACUCAGUAUUGCUAUCACCUCUCCACCCCCAUUCUUCUUUUUUAGAUGUGUUUCUUCAAUACCAUAUUUGUACAUUACUUUAUCUUUUCAUUGGCUAAUUUGAAAGUUCCCCUAGUGACAAAGGUUUGUAAGAAUAGAUAAGUAGUCAUUCUGGGAGUGGAGGAGUGCUAUCAUUCCACGAUUUUUGGUUUGUUUCUUAUUAGCUUCUCCAAACCAGCUAUCUGGUCUCAAGAAAGUAAACUUUUCUCUGAGACUCAAGAGUUUAGUAGGAUGCAGGUCUAUAAGAGCAGAUCUUGAAACAUGGAUAUAGAAGAAAAGAAAAGAAAGGAACUAGACUGGAAGUAGGACAGCUGCAGGAAGAGAAAGUAUUGGUGUUAUAGGUAAAACUAUUAAGACAAUUGAAACGAUAUAAAGAAAGAACAAUGUGGAAGCUGCUUGGAACAGAAUAAAAAUGUGUUCACAUGUAUUCACACAUGAGCCAUGAAAAGAACUUCUGUGAAUGAUAAAGUGAAAGAGGAAAUCAAUGGAUGAAAAAAAUAUAAGAGGAUGGUGGCUGGAAAAAUGUGGGUGAAAUAGCUUGCACAAUGUAUUUUAAGAGAGAAAAUAGAGAUUAACAGAGGUCAACAAGGAGACUCCAGCAGAGAAAUUGCAAUUUAAAAAAAAUGAUUUAGAAUAAAACUGAAAUUUGAGAAUACUUCAAGAAGUAUUUUAGAAAUUUGUCCUGUAGGGAUGAUGAUGUUAAGCUAAAGAGUGGAACUGAAAUGUACAUGUGAGUAUCCAAGGAAAAAGGGAAAUCAUAAAUACUGUAGGUAUGUUGAAAAAUAGUAAGGAAGCAGGUAUAAUUAUAUAAUUGUAUAUGCAAUUCUUUUAGCAUGUGUAUGAAAAUUGUAAGUGUGAUAAUUGGAAGACUGCCUUUAUUUUUCCUAUAUAGAUGGAAAAGAAGCAAGACUGAAUACAAAAACUAAUGGAGAAUUAUCUUAUUAAUUGUCCUCAAGAAUGUUUUGCAGAAUUAUGAUUAAAGAGGGGGGAUAAUAAAUGAUUGUGAGCAAAAAUGUUAGUAAUGCUGUGCAGUUUAUUAUAAGUACAGAAUAUGCAUAAUAGUUUUUUUAAACAAAUAAUUUUAAAAUAUAUGAAAAGCUUAUAUGUGUAAUAAAUUUUGUAUGAGAAAUUGUGUGAUAAAAUAAACUUCAAUUAUGGAAUGUUUUGCCUGAAUAUGGAGUUGGGGUUGCUUGCUGAAGUAAUUAGAAUGAUAUGUAAUGGAAGUGAAGCAUAUGCAAUAGUUCAUUCCUGAACGAAGAGUUUGAUGGGAUACUAUAUAAAUCCCUGGUUGUUAAAUGUGAUGUAUAGAAAACGUGUUAAAGAAAGCUUAUGAUGAGUUAGAGUGAUGAUUGGUUGAGAAUGUAAAUGAAUGUGUAGUCUUGGUAUGAGGAUAAUACCAAAUAUUUGCAGUGAGUGUUAGGCAGAAUAUAUGAUGCAGCAUGGUAUAUAGAUCUGAAAAUUUAAAACAGCUACAGAGAUUUCUCUACUUAUAACUCUAAUGGAGUUUUCUCAUCAUGGUCACCAUAAUGCAAUUGUUACGUCACCAUGUUCAUUAAGCGAAUGCUGCAAUUGUUAAGCAAACCAGUGGUUUGAUAUGGAUCAUUUUUCCCAAAAACCAGAAGUAAACGGCAACUUUCAGCAAAAACA